UCAAUUGUUUUUGUUAUGUUUCAUUUCAGUUUGUUUUUAUCAGAGAUCAGUUAUCAUAUUUAAGUGUUGCAUUCGAUCGUUUUAUUUCUGUUAAGAAUCAAGUAUUCAAAAUGGGAUUUUUGGCAUUUUGUUCAGGACUUUUGUCGGGAUUAUUUUCAGCAAUAUUUUCCGGAAUCCGAACAUUUUUUAGUUCUUCACAACCAAUACAUUAUUCGAGGAAUUACUCACAACAACUUCCGCGUACCACCUACUUUAACAGACAUCGUUUAGGCAGUGAUGAAACUCCAUACCGCCGUUUUACACGCCUAGCACCCAUCCAAACCGAUGAAUGUCUUCAAAUGGAACGAUUGGAGGAAUUCCCUAUGUCUACAAGCAUUCUAGAUGUGGAGCGAAAUGCCAACAACUCGGUGCAUUUCAACGAAAUGUUUACUAAAUGGAUUUCUCAAAAAGAAAUGUUUAGAGCUUCGGAGGAAUCUUACAUUGGUGCUUACAAGCAGAUGGUAUUUUUCGAAGAGGCUGCUGAUACAAUAAAAACAAAGGCAUUUAAUCUAACGACCGUGUAUCUGAAUCGGACUGAGGAAGAUGAAUAUUAUAUGAAAAUCACGCCCGGUUCGGAAGAAUUAUGUGCUGCUAUUGACGACAAACAAUUGGACCGUUUCACAUUGAAGUCAGAAUCAAGCGAAAAAUCAGUGGAUGGAAAAAUAUUACGAAGGGAGGCCGACAGACUUUACGUUGAUUUAUUCACAAAAUAUUUUCGCAUUGAUGAUUGCUACAACCUAUUUUUCCAAGUUAAUCGAAUGAAUUAUCAACUGCAACACAAUGCAUUGCAAUUCAUCGCAGAGCAUCGAUUGUUUUCAAUUUUGAUAAAUAAUCCAUCAUAUCACAGUCAAAGCUUACAUACAGUACAAUCACAAUGGCAAUCCGAUGAUUUGCAAUUUACAACAAAUUACCAGAAUGAACUCAACAUUGAACAAAUGAAAGCUGUCGAAUGCAUUGUGAACGCUAAUUAUAAUCCACUUCCAAAUCUGCUGUAUGGGCCCCCCGGUACCGGCAAAACAAAAACGAUAGUCGCUGCAAUUGAAACGAUCGUUCGAACAACAACAAAGAAUAUUUUAGUGUGUGCCCAAUCGAACGCCGCGUGUAAUGAAAUUGCUGAACGUUUAGCGAAGGUGUUGAACCCGGACGAAAUGUUACGCAUGUUUUCAAUGUCCUAUGAAUUGGACCAAAUCAGCUCAACAAUUGAACCGUUUUGCAAUUUAUUUGAUGGCGCACUAAAAUAUCCGUCAUUGGAAUAUUUGUAUGGUUUUCGUGUGCUGAUUUGUACACUCUCAACAUCUGGAUGCCUGGUCAGGGCACGUAUAUCGUCUAAUUUCGAUCCGAGCCAUUUCCACUAUGUAUUUAUCGAUGAAUGUGCAAGCGCCCACGAAACAAUGGCUUUGAUUCCGAUCGCUGGACUAUGCACGUCGGUCGGCAAAGUUCAUGCAAAUAUUGUGUUAAUUGGAGACCCGAAGCAGCUUGAUGCGGUUACUAAAUCCGCUUGUUCAACUAUGUUGGGCUUCAAAAUUUCAUGGUUCGAACGAUUAUUCGAUUUAGCAAUGUACAAACGACACGAUGGGAGUGGUAAAUUUAGUGAAACAUAUAUUACCCAACUGGUCCGGAAUUAUCGUUCACAUCGAGCCAUUUUGAAAGUGCCCAACGAAUUGUUUUAUGAAAAUACGCUGGUGGCCAUUGCCAAACCAGAUCACAUUAGAUUGGAAAUGGAGGGUCUAUUGUCCAAAACUUUUCCGAUCAUUUUUAAAUCUGUUCACGGAUAUUGCAAAAAGGACGAUAACGGCACGAGUUCAUUUAAUAUGGAUGAAGUGAGAGCAGUGGUUGAGUUUGUGGACGAGCUCUUGAAGCCAGACAGACUAAUUCAACUAAGUCAAUCCGACAUUGGAGUUGUUUCACCAUACAAACUUCAAUGCAAAAUUAUACGGAGGUACUGUGAGACGAAGGGCUAUAAAAAUAUCACAAUCGGAUCGGCAGAAACGUUUCAGGGUCAAGAGCGAAAAGUCAUGAUCAUAUCAUCUGUUCGCAGCGGUGGAAAAUUGGGAGAAUUUCUUUCCAAUCCUCAGAGAUUUAAUGUAAUGAUAACACGUGCGAAAAGUCUUUUAAUUGUUGUGGGAAAUCCACAUCUGCUGUCACAAGAUGAAAACUGGUCAACAUUUAUCAGGUAUUGCUUUAAGAAUAAAUGCUUAAUACAGAGUAAAAGAUGGUUUCGCCCAAAAGAGCAUUAGCAUCGAAGAAUAUUUUUGGUAUGGAUUGGUGAAACAGUAUUUUUUUGCAUUUCUAUUUUACUAUUAUAAAUCAUAUGUGAACCGAAGCUCUUUUACUAUUUCAAUUGAACUCUGAGUGUAAACGAUCUUAUCUAAAAAUUAAGUAAACCAAAGGCUGUUGUUGAUAUUUUCAUUUAAAUUUGUAAUUAUUUUGUGUGAAUAAAUUCAUUUUUAAA